UUUUUUUUUUAUUACUCCUGCUUAAAAUACAUUUUCAUUUUAUUCUCUUCUUCUUCUUCUUUCCCUUUCUUCUUCUUGCCUUCUUUUCCUCCUCUUGUUAUUUCACAUACACAUCUAUUUCAAUUUAAAGCUUAAAUAGAGGGAAAAUCAAUGGAUUCAUAUUAUGACAACACAGAAGUUUUAGUUGGAGAAGAAUGUGAAGAUCCUCAUUGCCAUGGCUGUCAAAAGCCCAUUGAAGAUGGGUCUGUAGUUCAAUUUGGUGAUGGUAUUUGGCAUUUCGAGUGUUUCCGUUGUGCCAAGUGUCACAAACUAGUUGAAUGUUAUAGUAAUUUAUUACUAUUAAGAGACGGUAAUCCUAUCUGUGAAGAUUGCUCAUAUAGUUGCCAUGCUUGUAAAAAAACAAUUAAAGAUGAAGCUAUAAUGACAGGUGAUGAGGCUUAUCAUGCAGAAUGUUUUCGAUGUGUUCAAUGUAAUAAAAAAAUUAAUGACUUGGUAUUUACACAAACAAGCAAGGGAAUUUAUUGUACAAAAUGUCAUGAAACAAGGAAACAACUUCGAAUGAAAAAGAGGGAUGAGCGAAAUAAUAAUAGUAGACAUUAUUAUGAUAGUAAAAAUACAACAUCUUUAAGUAGACCGCCUCUUGAAUUGAGAACUUCUUCAACCACCUCCAUUGUAAAUGCCUAUACAGAAGAACAUUCACCUUUAUUAGAAUCCAAUGAUAUCAAUGAAUUAAAUAAUAUGCUAAUGGGUCAAAGAAAUAGUGAAGAGACACCUCGAAGUUCUAUUGAUAACAGUCUUACUCGAGUAGUCGAUAUGGAUCAGUUAGAUGAUACACCUCAAGUGCAUGCAUUAAAGCAUCAACUAAUUGAGACAAAGAAUCGUUUACGGGAAGUAGAAGGCAAAUUUAAUAAAAUCAAAACAAUAAGUAGAAAGGCAUUAGAUGAAUUCAAUAUGGUAAAGGAGGGGUAUGCGCAUGAGGUGCAAGCACGAAGAGAGGCCGAAAAUCAAAUUAUUCGUCUGAAGAGUGAGCUAUUGUUUUACCAACAAGCUAACAUUUUUAAUGGGCAUGAUUUUAUUCAUUAUAGUAAGGAAGAAAUUGAAGCUCUCAAUCAAACACGUGCAGAUUUGGAACAGAUAUGUUAUGAUUUGAGAUCAGAACGAGACAAUCUUAUUCGUGAAUUAGAAACUCAUUCUAAAAACAUCGAAAAAUUAUUAGCUAGUCAAAAGCCUCAAGAUUUGCAUUGGGAAAGAAUUCAACAUGCUUACCAACAGCAACUGAAUUCUAUGCAGAAGGAUAUGACUCUGGCAAAAGAAAGUUAUGCCCGAUUAGUAAAAGGACGUGAAGAGAUCAUUUCGGAUAUGAUCUUAUUGAAUACUAAAAAUGCUGAACUCACUCAACUUAAUAAUGAUUUAUCACGUCGUGUGAUAGAGAGAGAACAAGAAGCUAAGGCAGUUUUUGCUGGUACAAGUUUUUUAACAAUAGACGAUAAUUCUGAAGAGCAAGAUGAUACAUUAAAACAAUUAAAAUCUACCCAGUAUAAUAAUAAAAGUAACGGUACCAGUAAUAAUAAACAUCGACGCAACCUUUCUACGGGGUCUAUUGGUAUUGCACAUCCUACAACUGUCUUACCAAAUAUAAAUAAUAAAUCGAAUCAAAUCAGUGAACCCGCUUCCUCUUUUUCAGCAACUGCAAAGUUAGCACAGCUCGAUAGUUUUAGUGGCUCUGCAGCUCCUAGGUUGUUUAAAUUUAGAAGAAAUAAAAGUGCCUCUAGUAGAAAUAAGACAACGAAUAAACAAGUCGAAGAAAAUAAUAAAUCGAUCCUAUCUAUAUCUUACGACACAAAAUCUCUAGAGCUGGCCUCAGAGUCUUUUCCCGUAAAAAAGGAUUCAGAAAACCCUACUGUUAAUAGAACAACAGGAGGAAGCAAGCAUCAUUUUAUUCAAACCAAAUUUCUAAGACCUAUCAAAUGUGAAUCUUGUGGUGAAAAAAUGUGGCGUGUUAAUGAAUUAAAAUGUUCAGAAUGUAGUAUGGUUUGUCAUGCUAAAUGCGCAUAUAGUGUACCACAAGUAUGUUUUAGAAAAAAUAAUUCAGAUGCAAAUAACGAAACUACUAGACUUAUGUUUGGUAAUGACCUAAUUAAACAAAUUCAAGCCGAAAAGGGGAAAAUACCAUUAAUUGUAGAAAAAUGUGUUGAAUCUGUUGAGAAAAGAGGUAUGGAUUAUGAAGGUAUUUAUCGGAAGUCUGGUGGUGUAGGUCAAAUGAGACAAAUACAACAAGCUUUUGAAAAGGGUGAAGUACUUAAUUUAGCGGAUGAAGAGAAAUGGAAUGAUAUUUGUGCAAUUACAAGUGUUCUUAAACAAUAUUUUAGAGAAUUACCUAACCCAUUAUUUACUUAUGAAUUACAUUCUAAAUUUAUGGAUGCUAUGAUGAUUACGGACAGUAAAGAGCAGCUACAAACAAUGACUCAAUUGAUUCAAAUGUUACCUAUUGAAAACUUUAAUACUUUAAAGUACUUGAUGGAGCAUUUAAAUAGAGUUCAGAGUCAAAGCAAAGAUAAUUUAAUGACAUCCAAAAAUUUAGCUGUCAUAUUUGGCCCUACACUUCUUCGACAUCAAGAUGAAAAUCGGGAUUUAUUAGAAAUGAAUUAUAAGAUUGGAGCAAUAGAAUUUAUAUUAAAUCAUAUGGAAACGAUCUUUGUCAUUGAAACAAUAGGAGGAAAUAGUAGCAAUAUUUCUGAACAUCGUCGGGCUCAACUACCACCAUUUCAAAAAAGAAAUGAAGAUUUAAAUACCCUUUUCAAUAGUUAUCAAAUUUCUAGUAAUAGAAAAGAAGAUAUUAAUAAUAGUAAUAAUAAUAGUAAUAAUAAUAAUAAUGGCAGCAAUAAUUAUAAUAAUAUCACUUCCUUACAACAGCAACCCUGUAAUAAUAAUUCUACACUAUUAACUACACCAGCUGUUCCACCUCGACAAAAUGCUGGUUAUAUAUAAUAUAUAUUUGUUGUAUAUGUAUAUGCAUUUUAAACGUUAUAACAUUCUCUUAUAUUCACAUACACGUACUGAUCAAUAAAAUUAAUCACAGUUUACACAUACAUUUUUAUAUUCAAUGAAUUUCCUUUGACCUAGUUUACCAAUAAAGUUAUCUAAU